GUUAGCCAUAAUACAAUUCCAGAGCGUGAGGCACAAGGACAUGUGCAAGAGGUUUUGGAAGGUGAAUCAUUUUGUCUUCAAUGUUCAGCACCAUCUUCUCCAGCUUCUAGACCGGAUAUUUUUCAAAGCCACUCGUCCGCAAUUAACCAUAUUCCAUCAAAUCCAAAUGAUACCAUCAUUAUUAUGGGUGAUUUCAAUCUUCCCCUGAUCAAUUGGAUUACGGAUGAUGCUGAACAUAAUGUUCUCAUCCCAACUUGCAUCACUCCUCAGCAUGCGGCCUUGUCUGCCAUUGAUGAACAAUACCAUCCACCAAUUCUACUGACGUAUGAAUGGCACAUAAACGACGUUAAUGAAGAGCAAAUUUCAACUCGAAACUUUUUUAAAGCUGACUACAUUGCGAUGAACAGGUACUUUGCUGAAAUCGACCUCUCUCAUCGCUUCUCAAAUAAAUCCCUUGACGAAAAGGUUGAUAUUUUACACCAAAUACUCAACGAUGCGAUCAGCAAACACGUGCCCACUCAGACAAAAAAAGUUCAAUCGAAAUGUCCGUGGAAAAAUAAGCAACUGCAAUCAUUCAAAAACAAAAAGAACAAGGAGUGGAAAAGAUCGAAAAUAACUGGUGAUAACUCAAAUUAUCUGCAUGCUCUCGACAGUUACACCAAAUUAAACACGGAACUUUACAACAAUUAUGUCGACAAAAUGACUUCUUCGUUAAAGUCAAAUCCAUCAUCAUUCUGGCGCUUUGUCAACACUAAGAAAAAUAGUUACUGCGAUCCGAAAUUGCUGAAUUUUGGAGACAUAUCAUCGGUUGACAAAAAGGAGCAAGCAGAAAUGUUUGCAACAUUUUUCAAAAAUAACUUCACGAUUCAACCUUCACAAUUUCAAAAUACAGCUCUAAUCCAAACUCAAACAAAUUCAAAUGUGGAUCAAUUCAAACUUAACGAAUAUUCCGUUUUCGAUGAGCUGCUGAAAUUAGACUCAAAGAAAGGUGCCGGUCCUGAUGACUACCACAAAAUGCUCAAUUGGAUCGUAGUCGCUUGAUUUUGGUAGACAUUCAUAACGAAGAUACUGGACGUUAUAUUUGCGAGAAAACCGAACCAAAUGGCUACGUGACACAAAACUACUUGGAUGUCGUACUAAAGUAUGAGUACCCACGUCGGCGUUGUUCACCGGGCAUUUGCGGAACUGGACGUUGUGAAAAUACUGAUAUCGGAAUUGAAUGCACAUUGAAUAAAACGGGUGCUCAAUGCCAAGAUACUAAACACUUGGACAGAAAUAAUUUCUCAUUCAAAGAUGGCAGUUUUGUUUCACUUGAAACAUCAAAAUCCAUCACAUUAAACAUUCGAUUUAAUGUGAGACCGGAAAAUAAUAAAGACAGUGUACUUUUUUAUGUGGCCAAAUCAGAAAAUGCCAAUGGAGACUUUGCGGCUCUUGUUAUUAAGGAUAAACCGGAGCCCGAUCAUGGUAUAGGAUUUCCUAUAUAAAACUUGUAACUAACAACACCUCUAAUGCGUAUUCCGAGUACUAAUUGACGUUUGUGACAAUAUGGCCGUCACGAUUUGGCAAAAUCAUAAUGAAUC